GCGAGUCUCACACACUUCACACUUCACCGCCAUCCACAGUACAAUCUGAUGACGUUCAUCACUCAAUCCUGGCAGCCAAUUCAAUGGAGUCAUCAAUUGAUGGCCUUGCGGUACAUGUUCUCUCUGUAUGACUCACAGGAGAGCCAGGAUCGCCGGCUCUGUUUUCCGGUGGGGUCGGUUCUUUUAUAUAAUCCCACCGCUGAGGGAGUUGAAGGGAGAGGCGGAGAGAAGGGGGAAUAAAGGUUGUCGCGCUCUGAAAUCAGACCAUAAUUUUCCAAUUCUCCGCCACCAAAUUCCGCAAAAUCAAGGACGACUCCAAGAAAAUCGCCUGCUCUCUGAUCCCCUUUUCUCAAAAUCGCUUCUUUAUUUCGUUAGCUGCACUGAUUCGCCUCCCCUGGAUUCUCCCCUGUUUUCUGUAUCUCUCGGAAUUCCAUUUGAGUUCGAUUUUUUUGUUUUUCUUCUUAAUCGUGGUUUUCUUCCGAUAUUAUCCAGCUGAUUCGGACAUUACGCUCCCAAAAUCUCUCUUUUGGUGUCUAAAAUUUGAAAUUUGGACCAAAGUUUCGAUCUUUUUGAGUCGAAUUCAACCAAGGUAUGCGAGCUUGAGCCAUGGCGAGCGGAAGCGACCGGGUUCGAUUCAAUGUGGGCGGCAAGAUCUUUGAGACCACCGCCACCAUCCUCGCCAACGCCGGCCGCCAGUCCAUGCUCGGCUCCCUCCUCGACGAGUUCUGGAAACCUCGGCAGCCCCCCGGCGGUGGCGAGUACUUCAUCGACCGCAACCCCGCCUGCUUCGCCGUCCUCCUCGACCUCCUCCGCACAGGCGAGCUCCACGUGCCGCCCGACGUCCCCGAGAGGCUCCUUUACCGCGAGGCCCUCUUCUACGGCCUCCUCGACCACGUCCGCGCCGCCCGGUGGGGCCCUUUCGACGGCAACCUCCUCCGGCCUGCCGCCUCCGUCCCCGGCCGCGCCCCUGGAGACGGCACCGCCAUCCGCGCCGGUCCGGACGGCGGCUGCUGCGUCGCCCACGGCAGCAUGGUCCACGUCUACGACUGGAUGCUCGAGGAGCACCGUCCCAUCAGCCUCGACUACCAGCAGGUCAACGACGUCGGCUACCUCGACGCCCAGAGCAUCGUCGUCACCGCCCGGGAGCGGCUCGGUAGGGGCGAGGGAGGGAUGGGAGUUUUCUGCUCGUCGACCGGCGAGCUUCGACAUCGUUUUAGGGUAGCCCACGACAACCAAGUUAAGAGCUUUACCGCCGGCGCUCUCAGCUUCAGCAGCUCGGACUACAAGAUCUUCGCUAGCUGUAAGGGGAGGUGCAAUGAGCAUGGAAUUGGUGUCUGGGAUCAGAACACUGGCCUGCAGGUAGAUUUCUUCUACGAGCCGCCCGGUUGCCUUCUUGGCGACGCCGACAAGCUCCAAUGGCUGGAUGGAAGCAAUUGCUUGAUGGUCGCCACGUUGUUCCCGAGAACUGAUUACUGUUUCAUUGGUUUGCUGGACUUCAGGAAGAAGAGUGUGGCGUGGUCUUGGUCUGAUGCCAGAAUCACGACAUCUCUUGAUGACAAGAGGGUCGUCCAUGCAAUCGCAAUGGAGAAUGGCCGGUCCAUUUGUGUCGUAAACCAGCACGAGGACCUGGGUUUCAUGGAUUUGAGGAGCCAUGCAGGAGGGGUCAGGUGGAGCUCUAGAAGUAAGCUCAUGAACCGGAGAGCGCCCGACGAGGAGAGCUGCUAUCCUAAGCUCGCAGCGCACGGCGGGCAGCUAUUCUCCUCCAUGAAUGACAGCAUCUCAGUGUUCUGCGGACCCGAGUGGGUUUUGACAUCAACUCUGCAGAGGAGCUACGGUGGUUCGAUAUGUGAUUUCUCGAUUGGAGGUAAUCGGUUGUUCGCUCUACAUUGCGAUGAGAACGUGUUCGAUGUGUGGGAGACGCCCCCUUCUCCAAUCUUCUAACCUUCAACCGUAACUUGUUUUGUUUGGUAGUGUUGUUUGUGUGAUUUCUUAGCAUAAUUAAUCCAAAAGAAUUCAGGUGUAAUCAGGUAGACGUUGAUGCAGGAGUUGAGUGUGUUUGUGAUUUGUACAACACUGAUGGCUUAACUGCACAUAAAAAUGGCUA